AUGUCCUUUUAUCCUGGCUACAGAUAUCCAUAUGCAGCACCUCUCACAUCAUCAUUUGCUGCCCCAUUGACAUAUGCUCCCCAAGUAUCAUAUGCUCCCCCCGUGUAAUAUGCUCCCCAAGUCUCAUAUGCUCCUCCAGUGUCAUAUGCAGCCCCAGUGCAAUACGCAAGACCAGUCACUCAAUCAUACGUUUAACCAGUUUUACAACAAUCUGUGAUCGCAUAACCAGUCGUUGCUCAACCAGUCUAACAACCAAUCAAAGGAGAAUCAAGAGUCGAAUACAGAGAAUACUAAAGACCCGUUGUAGAAAUGGAAACUGAGACUGUUUAAGUCUAAGUCCCAAAAACAAAAUAUGUUACAGAUUACUAUCCUGUUGAAUACCAAACAGAAUACAUUCCUAGAACUGUAUACGAGUAAUAAACAGAAUAUGUCCCUGUAACAAAAACAGUCCCAAGAGUCGAAUACGAAGCUUUCGAGAGAGAAGUUUAAAGAGCUCAACCAGUCGUUGUUUAAUAACCAGUUGUUCAAUCUGUUGUGUAAUAACCUGUUGUCUAACAGCCAUUGUCAUAUUCAUUGGUAAGACCAGCACCAACCUAUGCUGCUCCAGUGGCUUAUUCAAGUGUAGCUCCAGUGGGCGCUUAUCCAAGCUAUUAUGGUGGAUAUAGACCUUAUUGAGAUUAUUCAAAUUCAACAUUAUAAAUGCCCAACAAAAAUUUAUUC